AUGACAGUGAAAACCAUAUAUAUUGCUAGACAUGGUUAUAGAUCGAAUUGGCUCCCACAAGGCCCAUAUCCUCCACCUCCAACCGGUGUCGAUAGUGAUGUUCCGUUAGCAGAACAUGGCUUAACUCAAGCCAAAGAACUAGGCCAUUAUAUUUUGUCUCUAAACAAUCAACCCGAACUUUUGUUUUCAUCUCCAUUUUAUCGUUGUAUUCAGACAUCAGAGGCAAUUGCUGCUUUACUUGAGCUGCCGAUUUACUUAGAUACAGGCAUUGGAGAAUGGUACAAACCUGAUAGAGCUAUCAUCCCUGUCCCGGCCUCCUAUGAGGUUCUGAGUCAGUUAUUUCCAACAAAAAUCAGUGAUGAUUGGUCUUCUACUAUUUUGCCAAGUGAUAAGGGUGAAACAGAGGAAGAUAUAUUUAAUAGAUGUAAGACAUUUUGGCCUAAAUUCAUUGAUACUUUGGAAGAUAGUUUUCCUAAUAUUGAAACAAUCAUUUUGGUCACACAUGCGGCUACGAAAAUAGCCCUUGGGUUAUCAUUACUAAAAAAGAGUUCAGCUAGAGAUGCUAUUGAUUCUGAAGGCACCUUAAUUAGAAGUGGCAGUUGUUCGCUAGAUAAAUACGAAUUAUUGGAAACUGAAUAUAGUAAAGAUGAUGAUAGCACAUUUGUUCUACCGUUUGAAAAGAGAACAUGGAAAAUUACAAUGAACGGAAACACUGAAUACUUAACAAAAGGUGAAGAGAUGAAUUGGAAUUUCCAGAGCUCUUUUGAAGCCGGUUCUGAUGCUGACAUUAGAGCAAGAAUGAUGGCUGCUGCUGAAAAGGGAGAAGCACCUGAUGCUUCUAUAAAUAAUAGUCACAAAGCAGAAACAGAAACAGUUUAUGUUAGUGUGGAUAUUCCGAGCAAAAAUUACAGAAACACACAUACGAUUGACAGGGCAGCAACAUUACAGUAUUCAGGCUUAGAAGAGAAUUCCCCAUUAUUCAAAAUUGGUGACAAAAUCUAUGAAGGCCAGUGGAAAAAGUUAGUUGGAACAGAAUUAGCUUUUCCAAAUGCAGCUAAAGUAAUGAACAAAAAAGUCUCGUUGGAACAUACUAUACCAAAACCACUUGAUUUAAUCAACCAAGACAAUCAAACAAGUAACAAUGCUUCAAUUGAUAAUCCAGAGGAGCCAACUAGCGUUAAUAGCAUCGCAACAGAAAAGGACAAGAAUGAUGUCCAUCCCGAAAAAAUCUAUAAAAUUACUGAUAGAAUAAUCUUAUCAGAAGUAAAACCUAUGUAA